AUGGCCAUUAAGGACAAUAAUGAGGAACUGGACGGGGAGGGCCGGGCCGGGCCGGGCCGGGCCCGGACAUCCCUGCCACCCAGAUUCGUUCGCUCGCGGGAUGGUGCCAGGAGCCCCCUGAUGCUGUGGCAGCAGUCCUUUGAUGCGGCGCCGCGAUUCAGUUUUAAGCAGAAGAUAACUAACAUGAAUUCAUUUUCUGUUGGGGAAGAAGAUCUGACCUGGGUAAUGGAACUACUGAACAAAUGGAUGUCUCCCAAUAAUUAUCUAAACAGUUUCACAGACUACUCAGCAUACCUUUUCUGGGUGUUAGUACCAUUCGUACUUCUCUUUUCCCCUGUUUUAAUGAUUCUUGGCUUUAUUUAUCUUUCUAAUCUUCUCCUGCAUAUUUACAAGAGAAAGGUUAACUUAAAGGAAGAUUAUCUCAGUAAAUCAUGGGACAAUGGACGGAGGGCUGUGGCUCAUCUUUGGGACAUGUAUGGUACUGUGUGGCACGGUUACGAGGUGCAUGGGAUGGAUAAAGUACCAGAAGGACCAGGGCUUAUCGUAUUUUACCAUGGAGCCUUUCCUCUAGACUAUUACUACUUUGUAUCUAGAUUAUAUUUAAGAACAGGCAGAUUUUGUCGCUCAGUGGUUGAUUAUCAUUUUUCCAAAAUACCAG